AUGUGGACUCUGUUCGUUCUUUGCAGUGUGAUCGCCACACAUGGAGUGCGAGGUGCUGAUAACAAGACCACUGAAGCAAUGACUCCAACAGCAUCCAGAGAUUCCUGCAGAUACAACUGUGGCAAACAGGUUGGGCAAUGCUCCUGCUCUUCAAGCUGUGGAUCCAGAGGGAACUGUUGUCCAGACUAUGAAGCUUACUGCUCAGCACCUACUCCGAGAAACAAAGACCCUCAAACUAAAGCCCAGCCGUCAUGUCGUUACAACUGUGGCCGGAACAUGGGAAGCUGCUCCUGCUCAAGCUCUUGUGAAUACUAUGGCAACUGUUGCUAUGACUACUACUCUUACUGCUAUUAUACAACUUAUCCAACUGCUCCUGCUCAAGCUCUUGUGAAUACUAUGGCAACUGUUGCUAUGACUACUACUCUUAUUGCCAAUGGAACACUGUCACACCCACCACAGACUGGGCCUCAUGCCGAUACAACUGUGGCUCGAACCUGGGAAGCUGUUCCUGCUCAAGCUCUUGUCAAUACAAUGGGAACUGCUGUUAUGACUAUUACACCUACUGCGCAGCCACAACCGACAUCACAACCUCAGCAAGGCCCUGUGGAGGCUCGCUGGUCGGCUCUGGCAACUUUGCCAGCCCAAACCACCCUGGAUACUACUACGACAAUGCCUACUGUGUGUGGUACCUCAAAGCUACAACAGACCAGAGAAUCUCCCUGGUAUUCACAUACCUGCAGUGAGUGCAGAGCAGACUGCUUUUUGGAGAUCAUUAUAUGGGCAGCAUUGUUACAGAUGGAGGAAUAUGAUGACAAAAAUAAAUCAGGAUCAUAA